UUUAAUGAUCGAAGAGAUAUAAAUUUGAUGGUAGAACCCUCGUAAAAAGUUCAAUAACCAAUCAUUUAUCCAAGCAUUGUUCUCUUUAUUGGUUCCAUUAAAUGUAUACCCCUAUUAAGAUUUACUUAAUGAAACUUGGUAAUGAUUUUAUGAUUAUUCCUUGAGGGUAAUAGGCAACUUGGAAAUUUUUAUAAAGGCGAAGAAUACUCAUGAACAUAACAGCAGUCAUGAAAGUGGAACUAGCUUUCAUAUCUCUGAUCAUAUUUGCCUCAUUAGACGGGGCAAGAUCUGCUAUUUUGGACCCUGACAAUGUUCAUUCAAGCAACCUAAGCAAAAAUGAAUCCUCUGGAAUUGAUGAGUCCUCAUCUCAACUUGGACCAUCCAAAAAUAUCGAAUCUUCAGAAUCACUCCCUCCAAAUAAAGCGAAACAGAUCUCACUUGAAGAGGAUCCAAACACAAAUUUUCCAAAUGGAAUGGAGAAGGAACCGCACCCAAAAGGGAAGAAAAGGAACCUUUCGAGGAUCCGAAAUGCGAGCCAGUUGAAACAAAGACCAAGGGUUAGAAAGAAGGCCAGUUCAUUGGAACCUACAGGCAACGGCAGGGAAGCUUCUGAAGUAAAAAAGAACGGGGAUCGUUCCCACAACCCAAAGACACGAAGAUAUUCAAAGGACAGGUCUCUUAAAUAUCGAAGAUAUCCGCAGAAAAGACCUUUGGUCAAAGCCGUUGAUGUGGAUCAAAGACAAAGGCAAACAGUUCAACAGCAAAGGUUUCAAAACCGUUUUGCCACGACUCCUAGAAAAAGUGGACCAAAAAAUUGGAUUAAGGAUGGGUCCGGCAGAGAAAACGAAUAUUUGAGGACCAGGAAAAUGACCUCAAAUGUGUCAAUUAACAAAAGGUCAAUGUUACCAUCAGAUAAACAAGGUCACAAAGAUCCAUCUACCUUUCUUAAAAGCAACCUAAUGCCCAAGGUUCGCAAGCCGUUCAAGAAUCAAUCAUAUCAAAAACGAUAUUACGCUCUUUUGGAAACGAUGAGAGCUAACAGAGGUGAAGUGAAGCCAAGCAAAUGCUCCGAUACAAUAUCCGAAGACUGACUUGUCACAGACUCUCAAUUUUGAUAUAUAGGCACAAUAAUCUUUACGAGUGUAUUGGCAAUAAAGUGGAAUUUUCUCGACUUUUCAGAGGCCACGUUUUCAAGAUCUUGUAUUCAGGGCAAUAGCAAUGAUGUGACAGUGAUUCGCUCCUUAAAAAAAAGAAGAACUCUAAUUCCAUUACAUUUUAAAAUAGUGUUAUUGUAACGUCCAAAAUUUUCGUUAUUCGUUCUUCUUUCCGCUCCAGAGCUGCAUUCAAUUUUCGUAUCUCUCUUGGCAAGUAAAGAAACUUGAAGCCUUUUGUCAGUCUUAACAGAUAUUUCCGUUUUUAUGUUUUCGUUUAUCCUAAAGAAUGAAGCUCAGGACUGAAAAUUGGCCGUGCUUUUAACAACAAUAAAUGGGUUUGU